AUGAGUGUAAAGAAGAAGUUGUUGAUUCAGGUAGGAUCUUUACAACAUCAGGAUAUAACCGUUCCUGUUAACACCGGAAACCCAGUUGAGGUAUCGACAGAGUUAGGCACUUUCUCUGUGAGUGUAUUCAUUCGUAACUUCGAGGGAAGUAGUAAACACAAGAGCAACAGCUUAUACAAUGCCUUUGACAAAAAAUACCUUGAUGGAACACAUGUGCAGGAUCAGAGUUCAACGCAAUCUGAGCUUCCGAACUUGAGAAUUUUGGUGAAAUAUAUCCCAAACUCAAAUAUAAAUGGCUCUAACUUAUUCUUCGGUAACGAAUGUCCAGUCUCAGUCAAGGAUUACGUACCUGCAACUCUAAUGUCCACUGGUCUUCGGCUUUUUAAAUGGUUCUUGAACCCCACCAUCGAAUCUGAUUUGUAUGGAGAGAGUCCUUUUAUCUACGGUUUAGCUUUGAACAGUUUUUCUAAACUAGGAACCGCGGAUGUUUCUGCUGCAGACUUCAUCCGUAAUGAAAAUGAUAGUUUGGAAUGGAACGAGCAGGUACCACCGUUGGCCUCCAUACACGAGCGUCGCAAAUAUUUUUGCAACGUGGACCAUUCGAAGAAAUUUAAUUUCGAAAAAUCAAAAAGUUACUACAUGAUGUUUGACACAAACUUUUUGAAACUAGGAGAUUCUUCUUAUAAUGUUUCCAUACCUGCAUUUGGAAAAAAAACUUUUGACGUCAAUAUUCUACGUUUUGCCAAUGAUAAACUAGACAACAUCAAUUGGACAAUAAAGCAGAGUGUCAAUUCAAGUUUACGAGAAGGAAUAUACGGGCUUGUUUUAAAUUUUCGCUUGGUCGAAGAGAGCGAGCCGGAUGAGUAG